UCACCAGUCUGGUUAUACGAAAAGAAGAAAAUUACACGACAUGUGAGAAAUACAAGGGUUGUGAGUGAAUAUAUGUCAAUUGUAAUAGCUAAAAAUAUAAUGUAUAGAGAAACAAGCUGUUGUUAAAACUGUGAGAUCUAAGGACAGUAACAGUACUUUUAUUGCCAGGAGUCUAGCAUACAAGAGGCUUACGUAUUUGACCUCCGUAAGCGUGUGUGUUUUUUUAUGGAUAACUUCUGACAGCAUGGUGUAUGCACACAGCAGUUUGUUGGGAAUUACUUUCAUCUGAUCUUUUUGUUUCAAGUGAACUGUUUUCAAACAUGAAUCUCAGUAUGACUCGGAAGGGAGUUCGUGUGUUUCGGUAUACGGCGACUCUUUUGCAUUCAAGAAGACUGUCACAGGAUGUUCAACUCUCAUCUGAACAAACUAAUCCUGAUCCUGAUCAUGCUGACAUGAAAGAGGAGACCAGACGAGCACGGAGAGCACCAGAUACAGCAUCUGUUUUUCUUUUCCCUGGGCAGGGCAGUCAGUUCGUCGGCAUGGGGAGAGGACUGUUGAAAUAUGGAAAUGUCAAAGAGAUGUUUUCUGUAGCUCAAAAAGUGCUUGGUUAUGAUCUACUGUCUUUGUGUUUAAAUGGACCCGAGAAAGAUCUAAUGAAAACUGUUCACUGCCAGCCGGCAGUGUUUGUGUGCUCACUGGCUGCUGUGGAAAGACUGAACCACGAAAAUCCUGCUGCUAUUGAAAGCUGUGUGGCCGCUGCAGGGUUCAGUGUUGGAGAGUUUAGUGCUUUGGUCUUCUCUGGUGCAAUGGACUUUGCUGAAGCUCUGUUUGCUGUAAAGGUGAGGGCGGAGGCAAUGCAGAAGGCCUCCGACCAAGUGGCGAGUGGCAUGCUGUCCGUUAUUGGCCGAACCCAGGCCAACUACAAACAUGCCUGUCUUCAAGCUAGGGAGCACUGCCUUUCUCUUGGUAUCCAAGAGCCUGUGUGUGCCAUCGCAAACUACCUUUUUCCGGAUGGGAGAGUAAUAGCUGGACACAAAGAGGCUUUGGAUUUCCUUCAAGAGAAUUCCAAAAAGCUGCACUUCACAAGAACUCGAAUGCUGCCGGUAAGCGGUGCCUUUCACACCGCCCUGAUGGAGCCUGCGGUCGAACCCCUGAGAGACGUCCUCAGACGGAUAGAGAUACGGCGCCCAGAGAUCACCGUACACUCUAAUGUGGAUGGAAAGCGUUACAUGCAUGACAAGCACAUACAGAAGCAGCUGGCCAAACAGCUGGUGUCUCCAGUGAAGUGGGAGCAGACGCUGCAUGAGAUUUAUGAAAGAGCCCAGGGGCGAGACUUUCCUCACACUUACGAGGUGGGGCCGGGUAGACAGUUAGGCUCGACUCUUCAAAAGUGCAACAUGAAAGCAUUUAAGAAUUAUACACAUGUAGAUGUUACGCUGCAAGAGGACUGAUGUUUGUGCAAUAAAAAGGAACCGUUGCCUUUUUUAAAAAAACACAAAAUAAGAAACAUUUUUCAAUUUGAAUAUUUUAUUGUGCAAAAAUUAUGGUUUGGAAAGCCCAGCCUUCUUAAAUAGUUCAGAAAUGCUUUUAGAGGAAGAGUUAACAAUUCAAUAGCCUAAUUGUCCAGCAAUAGAACACAAAAACACAUCUUUCACAGACCUGCACAUAUAUAAAUAUACAUAUAUAUGUGUGAACCAGCACUUAAAAACAGUAUAGUCGUUAUAAAAGAAAAUGCAAAUAAAAGCUUUGGUAAAGGUUUGGUAACAUUUGACCACUGUAAGGCCAAAGACCAGCUUUUGCCCCUCAUACCUCACAAAACCCACCCACCCACCCAUUACAAUUUAACUAAAAUAUUAAUUCCAAAUUGCAUAAAAGAGAGACACAGUGGCCAAUAGAAAAGCAGAGGCCAGCAUAAAAGCAGUCUUGCGUGAACAGUCAGAAAUGUGCAAGUUGGACACCUAAGGAAAAGCAAAAAAUUGUGAUUAAUCUUCUUUAUCUAAUGUUUAAAUACAUGCCCUAGAAAUGAUUUAGACUUUAAAGUGAUACAAAUGCACAAUCAUCACUCACCAAAUAAUAUAUACAGUUAUUUCACUAAUACAUAUAUUGUCCUUACCCAUUGUGUUGUCCACUUCCUAGCCUCUUGACAGCCAGUAUGAAGCUGUGGAAUCAGCCAGGAUGUUCUCAGCAUCGGCUUAAUUUUGGACCCCCAAAUGUUCCCAAGCAUCCUGCUUUAAACAAUUUUAUAAUUAUAAACCCUAAUAUAGAUAAACUGAUUCAACCAUUUCUUUAU